GCAGUAAAGUUGCGCAUGCGCUGAGGCUGUCUGUUUGUGGAUUGUAGUAGGUCCGUGUGGUGGAUUCCCCUGGCUGGCCUGUGCACUGGGAAGAAAGGAGGCGGAGUUGGAGUACAUCCGGACGUAGAAUACCCCACGUUACAGCAAGCAAUGUCAGGAACAAAAGGGAGAGCCAAGAAGAAAUCCAGCUCAUAUGAACAGUGCUCCGACAACCAACCUGUUCGGUCAUCUGGCAGACAGUUGAAGAAGAAAGCUAAUGAAAGCUUGGAGGAAGAUGAAGAUUACUCAGAAAAAAAAUACAGAAAGUGUGAAAAAGCAGGCUGUACUGCGACGUGCCCAGUUUGUUUUGCCAGUGCAGCAGAAAGAUGUGCUAAAAACGGGUACACAUCAAGAUGGUAUCAUCUUUCUUGUGGUGAGCAUUUCUGCAAUGAAUGCUUUGACCAUUAUUACAGAAGUCACAAAGAUGGAUAUGAUAUUUACACAUCAUGGAAGCGAAUUUGGACAAGUAAUGGGAAAAGUGAACCCAGCCCUAAAGCUUAUAUGGCAGACCAGCAACUUCCAUAUUGGGUCCAGUGCACUAGACUGGAAUGUGGAAAAUGGCGACAGCUAACAAAGGAAAUUCAGUUAACAACACAAAUCGCAAAAACAUAUAGAUGUGGGAUGAAGAUGAAUAACUCUGUCAAGGCUGACGGGUCAGAUCAGUGCUCCAUGCCAGAAGACUUGAGAGUUUCUGAAGUGUCUACUCAGUCAUGGUAUUCCAUGCUCAUUCUACCUCCAUUAUUGAAGGACAGUCCUUCUGCUGCUUUGUUGGCUGCCUACUACCCAGACUGUGUAGGCAUGAGUCCAUCCUGCACCAGCACUAAUCGUUUACAUCGUGAAGACCAUUCAGGGAAAUUUGAGCAAUCCAGAGCUGCUUCUGGCAAUGCUGCAGCUUCCGGUAUUAACCCAUACUUCCAGCCUUUUUACCAGCCCAAUGAAUGCGGGAAAGCUCUUUGUGUCAGGCCAGAUGUAAUGGAAUUGGAUGAGCUCUAUGAGUUUCCAGAGUAUUCCAGAGAUCCAACCAUGUAUUUGGCUUUAAGGAACCUAAUACUGGCCCUAUGGCACAUCAAUUGCAAGGAAGUGCUUACUGCACAGAUUUGUGCUCAUCAUAUAAUGGUGCGGGGUCUGGUUCGAAUCAGAUGUGUGCAGGAGAUGGAAAGGAUUUUGUAUUUCAUGACCAGAAAAGGUCUGGUUAACACUGGAGUUUUAUCUGUCUCACCAGGCCAGUACCUCCUUCCAAAGGAAUACCACAAUAAAUCUGUUAUAGUGAUUGGGGCAGGCCCUGCUGGAUUGGCAGCUGCUCGGCAGCUACAUAAUUUUGGGAUCAAGGUUAGACAGUCGUUUAAGUGUUUACCGGUCGUCGUUGUUGAAGCCAGAGAUAGGAUUGGAGGGCGUGUUUGGGAUGAAAAGUCAUUCAAAGGACUCAGUGUUGGAAAAGGAGCCCAAAUUGUUAAUGGCUGCAUCAACAACCCCAUAGCGAUAAUGUGUGAGCAAAUUGGGAUUAAAAUGAGGAAACUACGAGAAAAAUGUGAUCUGAUUGAGGAAGGAGGGAGGCUAACGGACCCAGCAAUUGACAAACGCAUGGACUUUCAUUUUAAUGCCAUAUUAGAUGUUGUUGCAGAAUGGAGGAAAGAUAAGACUCAGAAUCAGGAUGUACCACUAGGAGAAAAAAUACAGGAAAUUUGCAAAGCCUUUACUCAGGAAUCAGGAAUCCAGUUUGCAGAUGUGGAGGAAAAGGUAUUACAGUUUCAUCUGGGCAAUCUGGAAUAUGCUUGUGGCAGCAACCUCCAUAAGGUAUCUGCUCGAUCAUGGGACCACAAUGAAUUUUUUGCCCAAUUUGCAGGAGACCACACAAUGUUAAAUGCUGGAUACUCUGUGAUCAUUGACAAACUUGCAGAAGGACUUGAUAUCCGCCUGAAGACACCUAUCAGAAGUGUAGAUUAUACUAGCCAAGAAGUUCAUAUUACUGCAGCGGAUGGGCAGACAUUUACUGCACAAAAGGCUUUGGUUACAGUACCCUUGGCUCUGCUACAGAAAGGAGCCAUUCAGUUUAACCCUCCUCUGUCAGAGAAAAAGGUCAAAGCCAUUCACAGCUUAGGUGCAGGAGUCAUUGAAAAGAUUGCCUUGCAGUUUCCGUAUAGGUUCUGGGAUAAUAAAAUCCAAGGAGCUGAUUUCUUUGGCCAUAUCCCACCAAACUGUAGUAAACGUGGGCUCUUUGGAGUGUUCUAUGAUAUGGACCCACAGGGCAAACAUGCUGUCUUGAUGUCUGUCAUUACUGGUGAUGCUGCGACUUCUAUACAAGACUUGGAUGAUAAACAAGUGGUGAAACAGUGUAUGGUGAUCCUUAGAGAGCUCUUCAAAGAACAGGAGGUACCAACGCCAAUCAAAUACUUUGUCACACACUGGGCAAAAGACCCAUGGGCACAUAUGGCUUACAGUUUUGUGAAGACUGGUGGAAGUGGGGAAGCUUAUGACAUCCUAGCAGAGGAUAUACAAGGCAAAAUUUUCUUUGCUGGCGAGGCCACAAAUCGUCAUUUCCCACAAACUGUAACUGGCGCUUACCUAAGUGGUGUUCGAGAAGCCAGCAAAAUAACCACCUUCUGAACAACAAGGGUUUUUAUCCCUGUAUUUUUGUAUAGUUUUGAAAGCAAACAAAGGGGCUACAAUUUUUUUCUAUUCGUUCAUCUGCAAAAUUUUACAACAAACUCAGCUUUGGUAAUUUAGCUAAAAAAUCAGCUGAUGCAUUCUGACCUCUACAGUUGAGGCCUUGGUGUUUACAUGGGGAUGUUUUACUAUAAUAUACUCGUAUUUGUAUUGAGUAUUAGACGGUAUACAAAAAUGGUUAGCUGGUGUUGGCUAAAGACUUAGCUUUCCCCACCUAGUAGUGUCCAAAUUAUCAGCUU